AAAUCAAAACCAUCCAAGCAUUCUUUAGAAGAGGCCAAAAAAUAAUAAAGCCUCUUCCUCAAUUUUGUUGCAUUUUGUUCUGGCCAGAAAAUGAAAUCCCUUGUUUGGUUAACCAUUUUGUGUUGCUCAACAAUAGUGAGCAGCCAAAGUAAACCCCAAAACAUAUUCAUACUGGCCGGACAAAGCAACAUGGCCGGACGGGGCGGGAUUAUAAACGGCGUGUUCAACAAAGUGGAGCCUCCGGAAUGCACGCCCGGCCCGCAGAUCUUACGGUUCAACGCCAAGCUUGCGUGGGAGGAGGCCCACGAUCCUCUCCACGCCGACAUUGAUCCUAAGACCUGCGGGAUGGGGCCCGGGAUGUCCUUUGCCAACGCAGUUUUGGCAAAGGAUCCUAGCAUCGGAGUGAUCGGGUUGGUCCCAUGCGCCGUUGGAGGGACCAAAAUACGCGAGUGGAAGCGCGAGAUGAAGCUGUACAACAACAUGAUCGAGCGGACUAAGGCGGCCCUCAAGGACGGCGGGGAUCUCCGGGCACUUUUGUGGUUCCAAGGCGAGUCCGACACGACGACGUUGGAGGAAGCUACCACCUACAAGGCCAGCUUUGAGAAGUUCAUCGCUGACGUGCGAGCUGACCUGGCGGCGCCGACGUUGCCCGUGGUGCAGGUGAUAGUGACAUCUGGCGACGGUAAAUUUGUCAAGGAAAUUAGAGAAAGUCAGCAGGCGAUUAACGUUGCCAACUUGAAGCAAGUGGAUUCACAAGGGCUGCCACUCCAAGGCGACCACGUGCAUCUCACGACCGAGUCCGCCAUCAAAGUCGGCCACAUGUUGGCCGACGCCUUCCUCCAAUUUCCAUCGCAAUGAACACACUCGCCCCGCCGACAUAUAUCUAAUUAUGUAUGGAUGAAUGCAACUCAACGGGAUACAUAUGAUGUAUGCGUUGUGAUGAUUUGGUAUGGAAAUUUUGCAAUAUCACAUUAUCAUGUUCAUCACUUCAAUCUCCACAUAACUUAUAACUCAUAUUUCGUAUUUCAUUUGUCUAUUUCAGUCCUAGUUUUUAUGAUCUUCUAUAA